UUAAAAGUAUUUUUCGAUUUAAUAACCUCGAUAAUGGAAUUGAGAGAAUUAGAAGGGAUUUUUGACAAAUGUAUCGGUGAAAAUAAAAAAGUUACUGAUAUUAAAUCGGGGAGUUUAGUACAACCAGGUGAGAAUUAUGGAGGAGAGAUGUACAAAUUACAAGUUACUGUACAAGACGAAGAAACUAAAAAGGAAUUCGUUCUACACGCCGUAGGGAAAACGAUUCCUCUAAGUAAAGAUAAUCAAGAAAUGUUCAACAUACAAGUUACUUUCAAAGCAGAAAUGUUUUUUUAUGAGAAAAUAGUGCCGAUACUUCAGAAAUUUCAAAAAGACAACGGUGUAGAAAAUGUCAUCGCAUGUUUCCCAAAAUUUUAUGGUGGUAGAUUGAAUUUAAACGGGAGUAGUACAGUUGAUAUGGAUGGUAUUCUGAUCAUGGAAAAUUUGAAAAUAUCAGGUUUUACUAAUUUGGACAGACACAUCGGUUACGAUUUAAAAGAAGCUACGUUGGUUUUAAAAGACUUGGCGGAGUUCCAAUCAACUGCCGUUGCACUAAAAAUAAAAAAACCAGAGUUCUUCUUCAAAGAAAUAAGGCCAUUAUGUAAUAAUUUUUUAGAUUUACCGGAAGAUGAUCCGCUCAAAGGAUUCAUUGUUGUAUUGGAGAGAAUCUUCUCGGAAUCCGAACAAUGUGCUCCAUUUAUACCAAAAAUUCGUAAAAUGUGGAAUGAAUUCAAACCAGAUUUUUCUGGUGAAAAUAAGAGAGAACCUUUCGCUACUAUCACUCAUUCUGAUCUUUGGGUGAAUAAUGCGAUGAUGAAGUAUGUAAAUGGAGAACCGGUUAAGAAUAAAUUCGUCGAUUUUCAAUUUUAUAAUUACGGAUCUCCGGGAUUCGAUAUUUUAAAUUUUUUAUUUACUAGUGUCCAAACGGAAGUUUUGAAAAAGAGCUUUGACGAUUUACUACGUCUUUAUCAUACAGAGUUUAUAAAUAAUUUACAAAGAUUAAAAUGCGACGCUAGUAAUUUUGGUUAUAAUGAUUUUUUGAAGGAGCUGCAAUUUGAAUCAGAACACGUACUCGUAUGGGAUUUGGAUUUUAUACCGAAUAUAGUGUUUGGUAAAAAAGGAGAAGCUUUUCCAAAUUUGAGCGAAAUAGAUUUCAAUAAUCCACAGUUUAGAGAUAGAAUUUAUGAUAAUAUUAGUGAGAAAGCUAAAGAAAGACUCUACUUUAUGAUACAAGAAUACAAAAAACGAAAUUGGUUCUGACAAAUAAAAUUUUCUUGUUGAA